UGUAUGAGAAUAUGAACGGGGAGCGUACGGUUGAAUAAUCUGGAUAGCAAGCGAUAAGCACUGUUGCAGGCUGAUUGUGUAGCAAGAUACUGUAAAUAGGUGUCAAGCGGUGGAAGACUGAUUGCACGAGGGAAAAUGGUGUAAAUAUUAGAAGACGAGGUGAAAUCCUAUAUCAUCCUCAGAAACAGAGAUAAAUCCUCUUGAAUCCUUAACGGUCGACGAUCAAUUGCUGAAUUGCAAGCGAAUACAGAUCAGAUUCUAAAGAUUAACUUCUUAGUAGUGAAAGUAACACCUAAUUUGAUGUAGUAUCGUGGACAGAUUGCCUAAGGAAUAUCUGCUGAACCAUAAACAAUGUUGCGAGAAAGUCUAAGUGCCGACAGUAUAGACCUAACCUCAACCUAACCUCAACCUAACCCCAAAAGGGUCUGGAAACUUCAAUGGGCCGAGUGGCCCAUCAAUGUGUCGUUGGUCCUUCAGUCGAAUAGUUACGCGGUGGAAGGUCUACGUGACUGUUAGGUUGAAGACACGGGCAGUGGUGCAAUUAAGAAAAUCACUGGUCGUUCGAAUGGUUUCGCGUAAAUUGAAACGUUCCACGAGCAAGAGUGUCUGGAGAGCUGAUUUUGGAAAGGUUUAUAUACUAUGGGUUUGGCUCUUAUGGAGAGGGCGUUGCCGGGGCCCAAGGUCACAGGUGGUACUGUUUUCUCACACUGCAACAACCUCUACGUUGUUGUUUCGAUGGCCAGCAAGAUGUUCGUUAGAUAUUCUUGGUUUUUCUAUUGCUAAUUUAUGGCUCUGUGACAUGACUAUGAUCGCGGCGGUUACGGAACACGUAUGUGGUGAGGCUGUGAGAAAAGACAAAGGGAUGCUUGAGGGAGAAAGACGAAUUACCAGGCAGUCGUUAACUAAGAGUGGAGUUGUGAGGAGUGGAGAGUGGACUUGCCAAGUUGUUAUGAGUUGUAAACUACUAACUGUGAGUUGCGAAUUAUCCAUUUAGUUAUCUUAAUUAUACAGUACUACUGUAUUCAGUUCAUGUUAAAUGACCAUCGUUUCCUGUUUAAUCCAUUGUAAAUAGAUGCAUCUAUCAAUAAACUUAUGAUUUAGGAUAUAAAUCAUUGGCAACCCUAAUUUCUAAUAUUUCUGAAUAAAUAAAUCCUAUAGCGGUAACAUGAAAUUCUCUGCUCGUGCCAUCGAUCAGAUCGCCAUCGUAAAAUUGAAUAUAUCGUCUACCGUUACACGCCAGCUAAUUCUUUAAUGUUCUGAUCAUAAUUCUUAAACCUCUGAAUAAUUUUUUAGCUUUACCCCACCUUCUGUAAGUGUCCCGUUUUUUACGAACAGUUAACGUGCGUAAGCAAUUGAUGAUGACCUUAUGUGCACGUGUCAGAAAAUUCGAUAAAGUGCAAGUAUUCGGUGCAUGGAUUUCAGCGUACCCCAGUUGCGUGCAGGUGCACUGAAACAAGCCGGGGAGCUACGAGAGGAAAAAAGAGGAAAAGCCAGUUUCACGGGAAGUCGAGACACGACCGUGAACUUGCGUCGGUUUUUCCGACUACUGUCGACAAGAGGCCGGCCUUUUUUCCACGACCUACUUCCCCCUCCACAAGGCCAUUCUUUAAAACGCGCCUUCUGCUUUUCCAGGCUAAUUAAGCGAUUCGAAACGGGUCUAAUUAUUCCAGCGACCGAUCCGCGUGAUCUCGAGCGUUCGGAUUGUUGGACGAGGAGUGGCAAGGUGGCAGGAAUAAAUCGUUUUUCGAGGAGCGAUGGGAAGAUGGGGCGAAAGAGAGCGAAG